CCCAUGUGCAUGGAGUGCAUAGAGAGACGUCUGGGUGUCUUUCUAUUCGUGCCACAGAAUUGUUAGUUGUAAUUAUCAAUCCUUUAUUUAAAGCGAAGAAGAGUAUUGUAGCAAGCGAGAGUAGCACUACAGCUUAAACAGGUAGAUAUGGGAAAGAAAGGGAAAAAAGACAAGAAAGUUAAAGGAGCUGAGAAAACAGCAUCAAAGAUGGAGAAAAAGAUGUCAAAAAGGUCUAAAAAAGAGGAGGAGGAUCUCGAAUCUUUGAUAGCUGAGUUCCAGUCACUUGAUGCAAAAAAGACUCAGAUCAUAGAAACUCCCUGCUCUCCACCAUCUCCCAGGUUAAAUGCCUCUUUGAUGCCACACCCAGAAAAGGAUGAACUAAUUCUGUUUGGAGGUGAAUAUUUCAAUGGCCAAAAAACUUUUCUAUAUAAUGAACUGUAUAUCUAUAAUAUUAAGAAGAACACGUGGAUAAAACUCGAUAUCCCGAACCCUCCUCCUCGUCGCUGUGCUCACCAGGCUGUGGCCAUAUCACAAGCAGGAGGGCAGCUCUGGGUGUUUGGAGGAGAGUUUGCAUCGCCCGAUGGGGAGCAGUUUUACCACUACAAGGAUCUGUGGGUGUUGCACCUGGCAACCAAGACUUGGGAGCAGAUCAAGGCAACAGGUGGGCCAUCUGGAAGAAGUGGGCACAGAAUGGUCUAUAGCAAGAGACAACUCAUAGUUUUUGGGGGCUUCCAUGAAAGCACGAGGGAUUACAUUUAUUACAAUGAUGUGUACACUUUUAAUCUGGACUCAUUCAAAUGGACAAAGCUGUCACCCUCUGGAACGGCCCCUUUACCUAGAUCUGGUUGCCACAUGACUACCACCCAAGAGGGCAAUGUUGUUAUAUAUGGCGGGUAUUCUAAGCAGAGAAUGAAGAAGGAUGUUGACAAGGGAACUGUGCACACAGAUAUGUUCCUACUUAAACAAGAAGGGGAAGAUAAGUGGCUUUGGUCACGCAUUAACCCUUCAGGUGUAAAGCCCACCCCAAGAACAGGUUUCUCCAUGGCUUUGGGACCAAAUUAUCGAAGUAUCUUAUUUGGUGGUGUCUAUGAUGAAGAAGAGGAGGAGAGUAUAGAAGGAGACUUUUUCAAUGACAUUUAUUUUUAUGAUCUGGUAAAGAACCGAUGGUUUGCUGGGCAAGUAAAGGGGCAUAAAUCAGAGAAGAAGAAGCGCAGACGAGGAAAGAAAGUUGAAGCAGAUACUCUAGAAAGUGAGUCUGCACUUCCCCCAGAACCUGUGGAGGUUAUAAAAGAGAUAGUCGCAGAAGAUGGUACAGUAAUGACCAUUAAACAGGUGUUUUCAAACCAGACAGCUUCAGAAGGGGAGGAAGAUGAAUGUAAUGAAGAAGAUGACGAUGAAGAUGCUUCAUUGCCUGUAGUGGAACCAUGCCCGCGUUCAAACGCUAUGAUAGCAGUCAAGCAAGGCAUUCUCUAUGCGUAUGGUGGCAUGUUCGAAGUUGGUGAUCGGCAAUUCACCUUAAAUGAUCUGUACAGCCUUGACCUGCACAAGAUGGAAGAGUGGAAAGUGCUGGUGGAAAUGGAUCCAAAAACCCAAGAGUGGCUUGAUGAAUCAGAUUCCGAAAGUGAAGAGGAUGAAGCAGAAGGUGCAGAGGGAGGAGCUGAGGAAGAUGACGAUGAAGAGAGUGAGGAUGAUAGUGAUGAAGAUCAGCACCCUCAAGUUGAGCCUGAUGAGAAAUAUUCAGACUACCUGCAACGGACUGAACAGUACUGGAUUCAGUUAGCACGAGUCAACAUGGGACCUGAUGCUAAGGACAAAAAAGUGCUGAAAGUGGCCCAAGCCAUGGCAAAAACAUUUUAUGAACUUAAGGAGUAAUCAUAUUGACAUUUAAUCCUAUUAAUCUAACAUCAUGAUUGAACCACCUGUAGUAAGGGCUUCGUGUAUUUUCAAAUUACAGUUUGUGAGAUUAAAUUCAAAGUCCAGGAAAUGGCAUGAUGUGGAUAUUUAUUAAAAUUCUUUUUAAAUA